GAUGGGAGGACGGCACGCCGCCACAACACGCCCGAACACAGAGGCUCCCGGAAAAAUCAUAUCCGCUUGGGCUUCCGCGCGCGCCGCAAGACGCUCAGCCGCAGCGCUCAACCGCAGAGACCGCUCUCGCUGCUUUGGUGAUGUUUGCCGCCCUUGCCGACACCCUGCAGGGCGCUCCGUCGGCUCAGUUCGUCGAGGCCGAGGCCUGCACGCGCCACCUCGCCGCUGCGCCGGUAGACCUCCCGCUCCUCGCGACGCCGGUGGAUCUCCCGCUCCGGGCAACAGACGCGGUUGCGUCGGACGUCGCGACGGCAGUAUUACCGGUCGCGUCAGCAACAGUGGCGGCAGCAGCGGCGUCCGGCGAGGAGCCGGCCGCGCUUGGCACCGGGGAGCCAAAGUUGAAACGACUGAAACGCAAGGACAUGGCUGCGAUGGACGACGCCUCUCACUUGCGCCGCACGUGGUGCCUCAAGUGCAAGAGCGAGGGCAAGGCGAGCUUCGCCUUCAAGGGCUCGCUGUCUGACAAACGAAACGGCUUGCGUCAUCACAUGUCACAGGCAAGCUCGCUGCUCAGCCCACCCCACCACCCACCACCCCGCUCACCGCAACAGCCUUUGCACCUCGCUCACUGCAACCGCCGCGCCUCACCGCAAUCGCCCUCGCAGGUUCACAAACUCAACAUGAAUCAGGCAAAGGAGAAGGGCUGGGCGGAAGCCUAGAGAGGGUCAGGGUCUAUACCUGACCAUAGGAGAGCGGAGUUCGCUAGGUACACGAGAAGUAGAGAGUGGUACUAGGAAGGACGCGGUAAAACGUGCGUGCAGACACGAACAAUAUCCGCAGUCGGUACGCAUUUUACACACACACACCGCCAAUGUUUCUUCGAGGCCUCGGGUCUCCUCCUCGAGCUCGACAGAGGUCCCUUGAACAUUUAUUAGGGGCCCCCUGGACGCGCUGCAGGAGCGCUGACCAGACCUUCCGGCAUCCGGGCAAACACAAUGAUGAUGAACACACACAGGCGUCCUCGACGCCCCGGCGUGUGCCGACCUCGGCAAUCCUCGCCACGCCCGUGGCCCGGGCAGCCGUGGUUUAAUGCUUUCGUCUUUAAGUGUGGAGUCAUGGCAGGCCUACGGCACGCGGUGACGCGCUGUGCAGCCGCGCCGCAGAUCGUGCAUGCGCCCCCACGCAUCCAUUGAUCUCCAACGGUAUCGCUAAUUC